CCAAGCCCUCGGAGCAUGGCCGGCCGCUGGAGGGGGGCCCGGCGGCCUGGCCUGGUCCUCCUGGCCGCGCUGCACUGGUGCCUGUGCGCGGCCGGGGCGGACAUCGCGAGCCAGGAGUACUACACGGCGCUCAUCAACGUGACCGUGCAUGAGCCCGGUCGGGGCGGCCCCUGGACCUUCCGCAUCGACCGCGGCCGCUACGGCCUCGACUCCCCCAAGGUGGAGGUCAGGGGCCAGGUCUUGGCUCCCCUGCCGCUGCAUGGAGUUGCAGAUCAUCUGGGCUGUGAUCCCCAAACACGGUUCCAUGUCCCACCUGACAUCAAACAAUGGAUUGCUUUGCUGCAGAGAGGAAAUUGUACAUUUAAAGAGAAAAUAUCACGGGCAGCUUUCCACAAUGCUGUUGCUGUAGUCAUCUAUAACAAUAAAUCUAAUGAAGAGACAGUCACUAUGACUCACCAAGGAACUGGAGAUAUCGUUGCUGUGAUGAUUACAGAAUUGAGGGGUAAGGACAUUUUGAGUUAUCUGGAGAAGAACAUCUCUGUACAAAUGACAAUAGCUGUUGGGACUCGUAUACCAGCAAAGAACUUCAGCCGUGGUUCUCUAGUCUUCGUGUCAAUAUCCUUUAUUGUUUUGAUGAUUAUUUCUUCAGCAUGGCUGAUAUUUUACUUCAUACAGAAGAUUAGGUACACAAAUGCCCGGGACAGGAACCAGCGUCGCCUUGGAGAUGCAGCCAAGAAAGCCAUCAGCAAAUUGACAACAAGAACAGUAAAGAAGGGUGAUAAGGAAACAGACCCAGACUUUGAUCACUGUGCUGUGUGCAUAGAGAGCUACAAGCAAAAUGAUAUCGUCCGAAUUCUGCCCUGCAAGCAUGUUUUUCACAAAUCCUGUGUGGACCCCUGGCUUAGUGAACAUUGUACUUGUCCUAUGUGCAAACUGAACAUUUUGAAGGCUUUGGGAAUUAUGCCAAAUUUGCCAUGUACUGAUAAUGUAGCUUUUGACAUGGAAAGGCUUACCAGAAGCCAAGCUGCUAAUCGAAGAUCAGCACUUGGUGACCUUGCCAGUGACAGCUCCCUUGGCCUUGAGCCACUUCGCACUUCUGGGAUGUCUCAACUUCCUCAGGAUGGGGAGCUCACUCCUCGAACAGGAGAAAUCAACAUUGCAGUAACAAAAGAAUGGUUUAUUAUUGCCAGUUUUGGCCUCCUCAGCGCCUUCACUCUCUGCUACAUGAUCAUCAGAGCCACAGCUAGCUUGAAAGCUAAUGAGUGGGCACUUCUUUCAUCGGAACUCUUUGUCCCCUCGAAGCCUGGUUUACGAGAGCGAAUUCUCCAUGAUUGAGCCUUCCUUGGACAUGUACGAUGACAACAAAACCUGAAGAAACCUUGAUGUUUGGGGUCACUCUUUUGUUGGUUUCUGAUCAUUCUUCUUUUGUAUUCUUCUGUUGGUGUCUUGUCCUGGCGGAGGAGCUGCUGCAUUUCCCACAUGGGGGUUGGGUUUUCAGGCUAAGAUCCAAAGUUCCCCCAAGAUGGGACUACCCUGCAACAAUGCACCAUCGCACAUUGCCCUUCCAAGGUUGGCCAAUCUCACACGAGUAGUGAGCUACAUCUGGAUACAAGAGGCUUAGCCCUGGCUCCCCAGGGUUCAUUGUGUACUGAAGAUGUCUUUUUUUUUUAAUAAGCAUGUACUGCUCUGUGUGAGUGGAGUUUGCCUUUCUAAUCGUCCUUGUGAUCAAGUUCCAUUGUGUGCCCAAGUCUACCAGGUGAUGUUUUUUGGUUUGUUUUUUUUUUCCAGUUAAGAGGAUCAUGAGCUGCCUACCUAGAUCUCUCUCCAUUCUCUCUCUUUCUGUGACAAGCCCUCUUUCUGAAAGGACUGGGGAAAGGGCAUGUACCUUUGUCCUUACCACAUGACUGAGCAGCUGUGCUCCUGCAAAGUGGCCUGUCCUUAGAGCCAUGAUGGGUGGUGGCAGUAGGUGCCAGCAAUGAAGAAUAGAGUCAUCCACAUGUUCAUUUUCCAACUUCCAUUUUUGAGCAUGAAGUGACUUUUACAGUCACUGGAAUGUCACUCCAGCUGUGCCUGCCAGCCCACAUUCUAAGGGAGAUGGGGCAAACAUCCCUGUUCUUUUUUGGUUGGUUCCUAAGUACUCAGAUCUCACACAGGAUGAGUGAUGGUUAGGUGAUUCUUUUCACUGUAGAGUUAAACCAUACCAUUCUCUGGUAUGACAACAAAUGAAUACCACUCCCUGUGGUUUGGUGUAACAACAGUCUCCCUCCUGCCAGUCCUGAUAAUGAGAAUGAAGACAGCAAAAGAGGAUGAACAGGGAAGCUUACAUAUAGACAUACAGAAAGGAGGCAUCUUGUAUUUUGUCCAGCAGGAGAAAAAGGAAAUGCUUUUUUAAAGCAAAAAUAAUAAGGUUAGAGGCAAGAAAGAUAUGUAUGUGGGUAUUUGACACAUAACUGCCAGCAUCCUUUGAUGAGUGAAUCAACCCAACAUAUCUAUGCACCUUUUGCUAUAAUUGUUUAAUCUGCUUCUCCAUUUUAAUCAGAGUUACUGUAUGGGAAGUUACAAAUGCUUUUGUAUCAUUAUGUGAAUGAAAAUUUGAAUCUAUAUACAUCUUGACUUAGUUCUAACAAGGAACCCAAAGAAAGGACUCCUCUGAGAUACUUUUAUGGAAUCUGUAGAGCAUAAAUUGAAGAGGGGUACUUGCUGUUUUUCCAUAUGCAACCAGUCAUUUUUAGCAUGUGUCCUACUUUAUAUAAUGUGUUGAGGCUGUGACUUAAACACAAAUGAAACCCUCGGUUUCAACCAAAACGCUUGGUGAAGUGAAGAGCCUUCCCUGACCUAAUUCCACAAUCUCCUCUCGACAGUUUGAGGCUGGAGCAAGGCAGACUUUUAAGGAAUUAACAGCUUCAUUCUUUUUACCUUGACUAA